CCAAAAAAAAGAGAGAGUAAAGACUAAAGAGAAGGAAGAAGUAAUGGCGACCAUGAACACAAUUUUCUUGGUGUUGAUUUUUGUUGCUUUUAUCACAAAGGAAGCCUUGGCAACCCAACAUGUUGUUGGAGGAAGCCAAGGUUGGGAUGAAUCCACAGACUUCAACUCAUGGACAUCAGGCCAAACCUUCAAAGUUGGCGACCAACUUGUUUUCAAGUACACAACAGGGUUGCACAGUGUUGUUGAACUUGCUAGUGAGAGUGCCUACAAGAACUGUGACCUUGGUACUGCACUAGACUCCAAGAGCAGUGGCACUGAUGUUAUCAAAUUGAACAAGGCUGGCACGCGUUACUUUGCUUGUGGCACAUUAGGCCACUGCAGCCAAGGCAUGAAAGUAAAAAUCAAGACAGUCACAGGGAGUGCACCCUCUUCUCCAGCAUCAUCUUCAUCUUCACCCACAACUUCUGAUGCUUCUGCUUCUCGAUCUUUUGCUUCAUUUGUUAUGGUUGUUGCAUUCUUGGCCACCUUUUUGCUCUAUGUGUUUUAAGGAUAUGAAGGCUGGGUAUAUAGAUUCACCUGGUACCGUUUGGUUUGAUAUUUUUAAGGGAUUAAAAACAUAGUCAGUAUGAUAGUAUUGAAGUUUGAGUUGAAAAACAAAGGCAUCACUUUGUAUAUUCUUUGUUUGAUUAUGAUAUUUGAAAUAAGAGGUGAAUAAAAAUGGCAGGGUUGCUUUAACCCUAGCCUGGUUUUUUUGUAGUAUAUCAA